AUGCUUGAACCAUCAAAAACAGUGGAAGACAUCGAAAUAGGAAGUGAUCAAGGAAACAAUCUAGGAGAAGCUAUACAAAUCUCCCUUUCAUUGGAAGAGAGACACCGUAUCUAUGAGCCAUGGAAAUUCUCUAUUAUAAUCAAGUUAGUAGGGAAACGUAUGCCACACCACUACCUAAAGAGGAAGAUUCAAGAUCUAUGGAAACCAAUGGAAGAAUUCUCUUUAAUUGAUCUUGGUGAAGACUACUACAUAAUCAAGUUUACAAAGAAAGAAAAUAUGGAUAAAGCUAUUCACCUAGGACCAUGGUUCAUCAAUGGUCAUUUCCUAUCUAUCUCCGAAUGGAAACCCAACUUUGUGGCUAAAAAUGCAAAACUAACUUCCUCAGCUGUUUGGGUAAGACUGCCUCAACUACCAACUGAGUUCUACGAUGGGAAAAUCCUAGAAAAAAUUGUUCAGUCUUUCCUAUACGUUGGAGACCACAAGCAAGAUAUACUCUAUGAAGGGGAGGAUUUUCUUUGCAAAAAUUAUGGGCGCUUUGGUCACACUCAAAGACAAUGCAACUAUAUCAAGAUGCAAAACUUGGAUCCUCACCAUGCAGGACAGGAACAACACCAAGAAGCUCCACAUGAAGCAUGUGACUCGGAAUGGAAAACUGUCCCCUUUAACAAGAAGAAAAAUCAAGGCAAAAAAACUCCUACCCAAGUGCCUACAAUCCAAGCUAAUGGAAGCCAAGGUCCAGGUAUUCCGGUAAAACUAUUUAAUGCUAAGACAGUACCCAUCAAUGGCCAAGAAGCCAUAGUAAUCUUGCACAACACUCAAUACCUAGCUCAACUCAUCACGGAGGGAAUGAGAUUGGCGAUGAACAACUAUCUAAACCAAGUAUGGCUCAACAAUGUCAUUCACCCCAUGGCACCAUCGUUGAACACUCGAAUGGCCCAAACAAUGAGGGAGCAAUGGAAUAUGCCCCCUCAAUUCAACUCCAUGCAUCCUCUAAAUGCUCCACUGGAUCUCCCUUUCUUUCCAACGGAGAUGUACACCCACCUAAACCCCAUCUUUCUCCCUUGGGAUGUCAACCUAGGGAACCAAGGGAAUGUACCUCUCCCCCAACCACCUCCAGUCCCCCCACCACCACAGCAAGAAUACCCCAUACCAGGGCCAGUGGAGGCAGAGAUGGAGGAGGACGAUGUCCCCCUAAAUCCUCACUUAGAUAGAGCUCUCAAGCCUAAAUGGAAUAAACAUAUUUCUAUUCACGGAAAGGCACGAAAAAAGGUAUGUUCUUAG